ACGUCACUGGCUACCACACGAACGAAGCGCGACUGUUCACGGCGCCUUCCGAGGCUAGAUUUUAAGCUCGUCGCGGAGCCUACUCUCCUACUUCACAGUCACACCGGGCGCGUAGCACAAACACCAAACAUGGCAGGAAACGGAAUCAUGCGCAGGAAGGACACAACCAAGGGGCCGCCGCUGCGCAUUCUAUCGCUAGACGGUGGAGGCGUACGGGGGUACUCGAUGCUCAUCAUCCUCCAGGAGCUGAUGCACCGGACGUUUGUCGAAACAGAAGGCAGGGCCCCGAAGCGCAACGAGAUACCCAAACCAUGCGACCACUUCGACCUCAUCGCGGGCACCGGCACAGGAGGGCUGAUUGCCAUCAUGCUGGGGCGGCUGAGGAUGGACGUUGAGACAUGUAAGAACGUCUAUGUCCGCAUGACGAGAAAGGUGUUCGAGACGGACAAGACUUUCGCCGGCAUACCCUACCGAUCGACGCUCUUCAAGGCCUCGAAGCUGGAGGAGGCCAUCAUGGAAUGCGUGCGGGAACACACCAUCUACGACGACGAGGGGAACGACACCAGCAACCACAUGGGAUCCUCAGCGGAUGUCCGCACCCCGAUGACGCCUGGCAGCGCAAUGGCUGGGCGCAUGCAAAGAAGCGCCAGCACAUCGAGCAGCUACAGCCAGAUCGGCACCACGCCCGUGAAUCUGCGCAUAGCUGCGAUGAAGUGGGGAAAUCCACAUGCCAUGCUGUAUGACAAUCGCGAAGAGCGCACAAAGACCGCCAUUACCGCCGUCUACAAAGGCUCGAAAAAGACUGGCACAGGUCAGAUCCUCCUGCGGUCCUACGAUUCUCGCAAAGAGGCUGCCGUGGAGCCCAACGCAACCAUCUGGCAGGCUGGACGUGCCACGUCUGCUACCGCCUUGGCAUUCAAGCCCAUCCAGAUCGGCCAAUCCGUCUUCCUCGACGAGGGCACGGGAAAAUACAACCCCGCGCCUAUGGCUCUUGACGAAGCGGUCUGCAAUGAGUGGCCUGGGCGUGAUGUUGGAGUCUUCAUCAGUAUUGGUACAGGAAAGCGACCGGAUGGCACAAAUAACCAACAACAUCUCUGGUGGGAAGGCUUCGUCUCGGGCGGCAUAGGCGACUUUGCAGAGGCCAGGCGGCGACUGAUACAGAAGAUUGAAGACUGCGAAAAAACGCAUCGCGAGAUGAAGGACCACCUUGCCAAACGCCAUGUCAACCCCGAACACUACUACCGCCUCAACGUCAACGUCGGUGUGGGCGAAUUUGGAAUGAACGAGUGGAAUGCCCUGUCUGAGAUCAGCACUAACACACGCAUGUACCUGUCUGAAAAAGACGUGCAAAGCAUGACUCUCGAUGCGUCCGCGAAGAUUGCGCGGAUUCACUUUGCGAAGAUACGGUGGGAGCGCGCAGAAAAGGGUCAGCCUCCCCUUGUCAGCGGCCAGGCACCGCUCAAGCCUCUUCCCACAAUCCCAGACCCAUCACCCAUGGCCAUCGAGCUACCAGCCGACGAAAUCACACCAGAAUACUAUCAUGCCCAGCACCCAGUCCAACCCCACGGAACCCACCUGACGCCCAUAGACCAUCGCCGGCCCUCAGACAGCGACAAAUACCUCGCCGUCUCCUCAGACGAGUUCCCCCAACCCGUUACGAACGACAUGCUAUCGCGACACUCGGGCGAGUUCACUUCCCCCGGACGCCGCUCGGGCGAGCAAUUCUCCACACACCGCCCAGAUUCAACACAAGGCUCGCCACGCCUGAGCUUCGAAGACCGAUUCUCAAACGUGCCGCCCAGGCCGCCGAAAACACCGUUUCAGGAUGCGGAGAGGCCGCCGCCGCUGUUCUCUGCAUCGCGCACUUCGCCGCCCGCGGGCUCGCCGUUCUCGAGACCCCCGCCGGGGGCCCCGUUGCCGUACCCUGAUACGGAUGAGCCGCCGACUGUUAAUAAAGCUACGAAGCCUGACUACUCGCGGUGAGCGUGGGUUGUGUGGUUGGAUUGUUGAUGGAUGACUUGGUGGGGAGGCCGUGGUGAUGGCCACUCUACUGAACGAUGUGACGAGUAACGGCCUUGACAUGUACGAAAUCGUCUGCUCUGCUUCUGGACAACCCUGUCUCUGAAACCCUAGUGGUUUUGAAAAACGCCCACCAACGCCUGCUUUGUCCCGCCUUCUGGGGAGA